CGGCUUGUUUAAUAUCUCUGCAGCAACAUUUGGCUCCCCCCUUAGGUAGACCACGCCCCCUCCCUGCACAUUCACAGCGCCCUGGUCCCUCCUCCUCACCGAGCCGGCAGCCUAUAACCUCCCCGGGUUUCCGCCCAUUCCUCCACAGUUGAUUCUUUGGGAAGGUAUUGUCAUGCAAAUAAAGGACGCGUAAAAUAUUCCCCCAGAGCGCAGCGCAGGGCAGAGACUCGGACCGCGCGGAGGACACAGACCGGGCCACACGGUGGAUUUCUAUCAUUUUCGUCGCUACGGACCCGUCCAUUUGUCAGAGACCCCCCUGGCCACAUGAACAGCGACAUAUAACCAGGACGUGUAGCCAGGAAACAGGUCAAGGAAAACCUGCGGGGAUCCAGCAACGAGGAGGCUGCCCUGUGGAGAUAGUGCUCAAAACUUCUAACUUCCCCAAGUGAAGUCGGAGGUGUCUCUCUUCUCCAUCCCCUGCUUUAGGCUACCUGCUGCUGCUACAGAGGGGAAACUACAUCUAGAGACCCCUGGAUUGCUUGAGAGCACCCUUUAUGUUUUAGGGAUUUUAGGAUCUCUCAAAUAUUAACAUUUUUGCACACCAAGUGUGUUAUUUCCUCUCUUGUCCUUUUUGGGAUAUAUACAGUUAUCUUUUUUCUGUUUUAGUACUUUAAAGUGCCUUAAUAACUGGUUAUAAUCCAGUGUAACUGUGGCAUUGUUACCAGACCAGAGACGCUCAACAGGGAGAAGACGAUUAUUAUCAGCUUUAGAACCCAGGCAGGAUUAUUGGUCCCUCCACCCCCCACCCCCCACCACCACCCUCCAGCGAGCUGCAACCAUGAGCCAGGCGGAUGUGUCGACUUGCUCCGCGCCGCAGAGGGUUUUCCAGGAGGCGGUGAAGAAGGGCAACACCAAGGAGCUGCACUCGUUGCUGCAGAACAUGACAAACUGCGAGUUCAACGUCAACUCCUUUGGGCCAGAAGGACAGACGGCUCUACACCAGUCCGUCAUUGACGGGAACUUGGAGCUGGUAAAACUGCUGGUGAAGUUUGGUGCAGAUAUCCGGCUGGCCAACAGGGAAGGGUGGAGCGCUUUACACAUCGCCGCCUUCGGGGGCCACCAAGACAUUGUGCUAUACCUCAUCACCAAGGCCAAGUACUCCUCUGGCGCCCGGUGAUCUGUCUCUGCUGUCAGGUAAAAAAAAAAAAAGAAAGA